AUGUCGGAUGGCGGCUGCGGCGGCGACCGGGGAGGUGGGGACGACGUGCGCCGGCCGGGGGCCGAGGGUGGCGGCGGCGGCGACCGGGGAGGUGGGGACGACCUGCGCCGGCCGGGGGCCGAGGGUGGCGGCGGCGGCGACCGGGGAGGUGGGGACGACCUGCGCCGGCCGGGGGCCGAGGGUGGCGGCGGCGGCGACCGGGGAGGUGGGGACGACCUGCGCCGGCCGGGGGCCGAGGGUGGCGGCGGCGGCGACCGGGGAGGUGGGGAGGACCUGCGCCGGCCGGGGGCCGAGGGUGGCGGCGGCGGCGACCGGGGAGGUGGGGACGACCUGCGCCGGCCGGGGGCCGAGGGUGGCGGCGGCGGCGACCAGGGAGGUGGGGACGACCUGCGCCAGUCGGGGGGCGAGGGUGGCGGCGGCGACCGGAGUAGAUAUGCGCAGGCCAGGGCGCGGGGGUGA